AUGGCCGGGCGAGGUCGGGGCUGGGCGCUGCUGGCGCUCUGCGGCGCGCUGGCCGCCCUCAGCCUGCGGGGCUCCCGGGCGGACGACCCCGAGGCGGCGGGGGGAGCCGGCGGCGGCGGCGGGGCCAACCGUCGGCGGCGCCUGAGCCAGGCGGACGGCCUCUCCUUCGAGUACCACCGCUACCCGGAGCUGCGGGAGGCGCUGGUGGCCGUGUGGCUGCAGUGCCCGUCCAUCAGCAGGAUCUACACGGUGGGCCGCAGCUCCGAGGGCAGGGAGCUGCUGGUCAUCGAGGUCUCCGACAACCCCGGCGAGCACGAGCCCGGGGAGCCAGAAUUCAAAUAUGUCGGGAACAUGCAUGGAAACGAAGCUGUUGGAAGAGAGCUUCUCAUUUUCUUGGCUCAGUACCUGUGCAAUGAAUAUCAGAAGGGAAAUGAAACAGUUAUCAACUUGAUCCACAGUACACGCAUCCACAUCAUGCCAUCCUUGAAUCCAGAUGGUUUCGAGAAGGCGGCAUCACAGCCUGGUGAACUCAAAGACUGGUUUGUUGGCCGAAAUAAUGCACAGGGAAUAGACUUGAACAGAAAUUUCCCUGACCUGGAUCGAAUAGUCUAUGUCCAUGAGAAAGAAGGUGGCCCAAAUAAUCACUUGCUGAAAAAUCUGAAGAAAGCUGUGGAUCAGAACUCCAAGCUUGCGCCGGAAACUAAAGGCGUUAUUCACUGGAUUAUGGAUAUCCCUUUUGUGCUGUCAGCCAACCUCCAUGGCGGAGACCUUGUGGCAAACUACCCCUAUGACGAGACUCGUACCGGCAGUGCUCAUGAAUACAGCUCCUGCCCAGAUGAUGCAAUUUUCCAAAGCGUAGCUCGAAGCUACUCGUCCUUCAAUCCAGCCAUGUCUGAUCCAAACAGGCCCCCUUGUCGCAAGAAUGAUGAUGACAGCAGCUUUAUAGAUGGAACAACCAACGGUGGAGCUUGGUACAGUGUUCCAGGAGGUAUGCAGGACUUCAAUUACCUUAGCAGCAAUUGCUUCGAAAUCACUGUGGAACUUAGCUGUGAAAAAUUCCCUCCUGAAGAAACUCUGAAGAGCUAUUGGGAGAACAAUAAGAAUGCACUUAUCAAUUACAUUGAGCAGAUACAUCGAGGGAUAAAGGGUUUUGUUAGAGAUCUUCAGGGCAAUCCCAUUGCUAAUGCUACCAUUUCUGUGGAAGGAAUAAACCAUGACAUUACAUCAGCUAAGGAUGGUGAUUAUUGGAGAUUGCUUGCACCUGGGAAUUAUAAAGUGACAGUCUCAGCACCAGGCUAUCUAGCAAUAACUAAAAAAGUGGCUGUUCCUUUUAGUCCUGCCAUCAGAGUGGACUUUGACCUGGAAUCAUUGUCUGAAAGAAAAGAAGAGGAAAAGGAAGAGUUAAUGGAAUGGUGGAAGAUGAUGUCAGAAACUCUGAAUUUUUAAGCAGAAGCUCUGAAUUUAUAGCUUUUAAUCUAUUACGUGUUGACUAAGUAUAAUGUACUGUGCAAAGUCCCUAUAUUUUAGAUUUUGAGUAGCUCGCAAUAUCUUCAUUUUUGAGUAUUUU